UUUCAACGAUUGUUUACAAUUUACAUAGGUAUUUACUGUUUACAUUACUUUUUAGAUACUAAUUGUUUGUAGUCAAUUUAUUUGGAAUAUAACAUGAAAUUAUUUUAAUGACAUGUCUUUUUUUUAUUUGUCACCAAUAAAAGGGUCAAUACCUUUUCAUGAAUUGGAAGUUAUUGUCACAAACAGGUUAGAGUACUUAAAUACUAUCUCCAGGAAUACACCAGUUGAGUACAAUGAGUAUGUGAUCGAAGGAAGCGUUUAUGACAAUGUUGGUCAUUUUACGUUAUGUGUAGCAGCUAUCCUUGAACGAAAUAAUGACAUAAACAACUUUUUAUUGAAGACUGAAGUAGCUCUCUUCAAACACCGACUGUAUUCCCUUUCCACUUCUUACGAUAUCAGAUGUUUUGCUAGAAAAUUAUUGAAAAAUAUAAGAAAACUUGACAAUGCAUUCGUAAGCUUCAUAAAGCCAUUACAAAUUUUAUGUCAACAUAUUUAUUUAAAACACAUAUCACAACAUCUUAGCUGCGAAUGUAAUGAAGAUUGUAACUUCUACUAUAUAGAAUUAAGAUUUCUUCACUGUUUGGAAUUUGUAUCUAAAAGAAGAGUAGAACUAAUUAAUGGUGUGGCUAGAAUACCAUGCAGUCAAUGGAAAGAAUAUUUAAUAAUAUUAUUUAGUAGAAAUUUAAAACAUAAAUUGUAUGACAUUAAAUUAAACAAUAUGACCUGUGAUCCAAGAAUAAAUGAAAUUGUAGCAAAAGUAAGAAAUAUAUGUAGAGGCAAGUUAUCUACACCAAAUGCUUUAUCUAGUCAAGAAGUUGAUUUUGCUUCCAAAAAGUUUCCACCAUGCAUGUUAAACCUGCAUUUGCAGCUUAGAAAACGGCAUAGACUAUCCCAUGAACAAAGAUUUAAUUAUAGUCUAUUCCUCAAAGAUAUUGGAAUGCCUGUGAAUGAGUCUAUAGAGUUUUGGAAGAUGGAGUACAGUAAAGAAGCUCAUGCUCACAGUUGUUGUCAUAAUUGGGAGAGAGAUGAAAAAAAGCUCCUCUAUGGUAUAAGACAUAUGUAUGGGUUAGAAGGUGGCAGGAAGAAUUAUUCAUGUCGGAACUGUGACCAAAUACAGAACAUUGGAAAUUCAUGCUCAGAGGGAGGAUGUCCAUUUAAAUCGUUUGGAGAUGCACAAAUGCGACAACUUUUAGACUUAAAUGAAAAUGAUUCCCUCUUGUCACAAAUUACUGAACUGAAAAAUAAAAAUCAAUAUUCAAAAGCAUGUGUAAUAUAUUUAGAAAAUAAACUCAAAGAUUCCAUGGACUGUGAUAAAGUGAGAUUAAAUUUAACACCAGUGAGGUAUUUUUUGAUUGCUUCUGGUAAAUAAAUAAUGAAUUCCUAUAAA